AUGAGUUCAGAUUUAUCUUUUCAGACAUGUUUAAAUCUAUUAUCAAGUAAAGUAGAUGAGGAGAAGUUUGUUGGUAUUAUUUUGGUUAAAAAUAUAAUAAAAUCAAAUGAUUGCAAGGCAUUGGAUCAGGUAUAUAGGGCAUUGGGAUUGGAUUUCCUUUUUAGAUUAUUACAAACACCAAAGACUCCAGGUGUUGAAUCAAUAUCAUAUGUAAAUUUAUCAAUUACAAUUCUUUCAACUUUUUGCACAAUCGAAAGUUUUGAAAAUUAUAAUACCGAGAUGAAUGAAAGUAACUACAUUAAUAGCGAUGGUAUAGAAAAGAAAAGUGAUAAUAGUAAUAGUGGUAUUAAUGAUAGUAUAGAUGGUGAGGAUUUAAAAAAUAAUGAUGGUAAUAAAAAUAAAGAGAAUGAAAGUAUUUUGCAUAAAAUAAUUUAUCAUCCAUUGGUGUCAAAGAUGGCGCCAUUAAUUUUGGCUCGUUCUAUCGAAGGUGAUCCAUCAUCUAGUUUUAAUUUAUUGUACGAAUCUAUUCAAAUUUUAUAUUCUUUAUGUUCAUUUGAAAAUAUUUUAAAUGAAAAAUUAAAGAAUUCAAAAAUAGUUAAAAAAGAUCCAAUCAAAGAAUCAAAGCCAAAUACAACCACUACAACAAAUACAGCAACAAAUACAGCAACAAAUGAUUCAUCAACAAAUACAGCAACAACAGGCGAGUGUGAAAAUAAGCGAUCGGGGUUAUUUUCGUCAAUAUUAGAUGUUUUAUCAUACAAAGAAAAUAUAAAAUUAUUAUGCGAGUUUUUAUUAUAUGCACAUAAUGUUUCAAAAAAAUAUACAACCAUUGGUAUUAAAGAAGAUGACUCUGAUAUUGAGGAAGAGACAGAGGAGGAGACAGAAGAGGAAGAAGAUGAUGAAUUAGAAACAAGGUCCGAAAAUGAAACUCAAGAUGAUACUGAGAGCUAUAGUGAUUCAGAUGAAAGCGAUAGUUUUGAAUCUGAUAGUGAAUCCGAUGAAAUCAUUAAUGACUCACAAGAAACCCCAGCAACCCCAUCAUCACCUAUUUUAUCAAAUACAAAAAUACCAAUCAAACCAAAAACUAAAAAGCAGAAACAAGAAUACCAGUUAAUCUCAAAUGUUUUAGAAUUAACCAUCAACUUGAUGAAGCUGGUAUUGUAUCAUAUUCAUAAAAAGUCAGAAACAGAAUUAAAAAUCAAUAAUAGUGAAAACAUUAUAGCCACCAUUAAUAAUACCGAUGAGCCAUCACAACAAAUAAAUGGAUCAUCUUUGUCAAAUGAUACAUCUGCAUCAGCCGCAACAACCACAGGUACAUCAACAACCACUAUAUCAUCUUCUAAUACAGACACAUCAAUCAAUGUAAAGUUUGACAAAAAUUAUAGCGAUAACGAUUUAUUGUUUGUUGAACCUCUAUCGAUUCUAUUUAAAGAAAGAUAUGACCAAUUUAAAUUUUCAGUACUUUCGUUAUUAAUUCCAAUUUUUAGACAUCAUCAAGAAUUACCAUCUCAAUCGUUUAUAUCAUUAUAUUAUACCGUAACAACUAAAAAAGACAUAAAUAGUGGUGAAGAGGAAAUUGAUGACGAAGGUAAAUUAAUUAGCAACAGUAAUAGCUUUAAUAAUAACAACAGCCCAUUGGGCGAUUCAGCUAAAAUAAAUACAAACAAAAUAAGAAAUGAUAAUAAUAGUGGCGGUAUAAAUAGUAAUAAACAAAGAAUAAAUAACACUGGCCCAAAUAGCAAUAAUGGGGUUUUAUUAAAUAAAUCAGAAAGCACAACAGAUAGCAGUAUUAAUAAUAAUAGUAAUAGUAAUAAUAAUAAUAAUAAUGGUUAUAAUAACGAUACCAAUAAUGAUAACAGCACAAAGAAUCAGGAUUAUAUUUGUAAAUUAAUGAAUGAAAAGGUUAGAUUUUGGAAAGAUAAUUUUAUAAUUGGUUUAUAUAGUAUAUUUGCAAGUAGAAAAUUAAAAGAAGAAUACAGAAACCAAUCAAUUAUAUUUUAUUCAAUUUUAUUAGAUUUACUUGGUGGUAAAUGGAUAAUUUCUAAACCUUCAACAUCAUCUCAGUAUAGCACUAUUUUUAGCGGUAAUGGCCAAUGUAUGAACUUUUCACCAGAAAAAUUUUUAUUGUUAUCUUUACAAAUGGUUAGAACGGAAAUCCACAUGAUUCUUUUAACAGAGAAAAAAGUUAAACCAGAAAGUGAAGCUUUAUUAUCAUCAUGCUACUCUGUAAUCGAAAGUACUGUAUUAUUUUUAACAACCUAUUUUGAUGAAAGCAACUCUUUGAAUUUGCCUGUAUCAAUAGAGGCAUUAAAUUCAUCAAGAGAUAGCGACUCUUCAACAACCACCACCACCACUACAACAAGCAAUACAUCAAAUAAAUAUAAUGAGGAUAGUAAUAGCUUUGUAAUUUUUUCAAUUGAAACUUUUGGUAAAAUCAAUGAUAUUUUGGGGGAAUCAAUUUCAAUUAUAUUAAAUUAUUUAAAGGAGAUUUCAGAAGAAUCGUUGCAAUCAGAAGAAAAACCAUCACCAUUGUUCAUUAGCAGUGUUAAGCUUUUAGGUCUUUGGAUCUCAGAGGAAACAAAGUCAAUGGCAGAGAAUAUGAAACUAUCCCUACAUUUCAUUCUUCAAUAUCUUUUAAAGCAUAAAAAUGACAGCGGCUAUUAUGUUUGUUUCCUUUUACCAGGUAUAUCGUUUUUCAUUGAUGACAAUGAAUGUAGAGAUGCUUUCUUUUCCAAUUAUGGUCAUAUCAACAUUGCACACUAUCUAGCUUACUAUCUACCAUCAUUUAUAGAGUAUAUUAAGGAUACAGGUUUAAAGAGCGAUCCAAUUAUCAAUGAUUUAAGAGAAUAUGGUGUAUCAGCCGAGAUUGUAGUCAAUAUUGUAAUACCAAGAUCAUGCGAAAUUUUAACAUCUUAUUUCAACGAUUUAGCAUUAAAAGAGGCCUCAUUCUCUGGUAACACCACUAGAUCUGCUUUUAUUGAUCUACUCUAUGUAAUUACCGAUUCUAUGGAAAGUUUAAGCUCUGCAAUGCCACCUCUUUCCAGUGAAUUGGAUGUCCAUACAACUUAUCAAUACCUAAUAGUUACAUUACAUCAGUUAGCAUUUAAUAUCCUCAAGUUUUUAGAGGAAAAAGAUUUCCAAACACCACACGGCGAUGAAUAUCUUAAUACCCUAUUCAAUACCUCAAUUAAAUUCUUUAGUGAUAUUGAAAUACCACCACAAGAUUCAAAUUCUCAAAUAGUAUGGUCAGUUGUUAAAGAAGAAUGGUUACAGGCUCUAGAUUUAAUGGUUCAAUCAAUUGAUAAAUAUAAAUUAUUGACCAAUUGUUUAUCGAAUAGACAUUGGCCACCAACUGAUUUCCGUUUAACUCCUUCAUCUUCAAAUUUAUUAGGUUUUGAUAAUCAUAUAAUUUCAAGUAUUAAUAGAAAUAUUGGUAUUUUAAUUAGAUCAAUAUUAAGGAAAAUGCUUGGAUCAAAUAAUAAUAAUAAUAAUAAUAAUAAUAAUAAUAAUAAUAAUAAUAAUAAUAAUAAUAAUAAUAAUAUUUUAUUAAGCUAAUUAAAUAAUAAUAAUGGUUUAUAAAUUAUAAAAUAAUUUUUUAUUUAAAAAAAAAAAUAAAUUAUAAAAAUUUUAAAAAAAACU